GCCUGAAGGGGGUGUGUUUCGAAGUAUCUCUGCAGCAUCAACGGCGCACACCCUCACUGGAAUCAGUGAAUCAGGUUUGACCAUUGCACAUGCAGCCAUGGAGGCCAUGCAGGAGGAGACAGCGAAAGCUGCAGCGGUGCGAAUGCAGCUGGAAGAUCAGUCUAGGCGUUUGGAAGCCCAGUUGGCUUCAGCCAACCAGAUGCUGGGCCCGUUGAUUCAGUCGCACCAGCAAGUUCAGCAUUUACUUCAACAGAUGCGUCCGCAAGCACGAAAGCAGGUCUUUGAUGGAGCGGUUUCACCAAAGGUGCCGCUGAGUCCAAGACAAGUCUCUUGUGGACCGGUCGCACGAAGGACGAUUCACGUCGCUUCAACUGUUCGGUCUCCUCGCAUGGUCGCCCCACCGGUCGUAGCAACCGUAGCAACUGUCCCGCCGACGGUUCCGGGGGUUGCCACUCCGAUCGUGCGCUCAGUUUCGAUCCCGGGGCAUGUUACGCCGACGCCAAUGGCUGGCUAUCCAACCGAACGAUGGUCGAGCAGUGUCCCAAACAAUGUCUCACAAUUAGCCAGCGUCGCCAGCGCGGUGAGGGCCAGCGCUGAGGAUGGCUUGGAGUCGCAAUCUUUGAAGCAGCUCCAGUCCAGCAACUCCUUAGGCAUUCAGACAGCUGAUGGGCAGGAGGAUGAGGAACUCCUGCAGAAGCUCAUGCUGGUAGCUGAAGCAGCGAGUCUGAUCACCGAGAGGAGUGGCAUGCUUGAGGUCAAGGAGGCACGAGAUCGCUUGCAGGAGGUCUUGGCACAAGGUCGUGCCAGAAACCUGCCGAAGGAACGACUGGCCCCGACAGAGAGACAGCGGCGGCGGAUACACAACCUCUACCAGGACCUGAAGGGCCACUUGCGGAUCUAUUGCCGGGUUAGGCCGCUAAACAACAAGGAAAAGAGGAACAAGGACAGAGAGGCGUUGAAGGUGGAUGGCACCAAGUUGCAGGUGCCUCUCACUGGUGACAUGUUCGAGUUUGACGGCGUCUUCGACAUGACCAGCUCACAGGAAGACAUCUUCGACGCAAGCUGCGAUUUGGCGCAGUCAGCUCUGGACGGGCGAAAUGUCACAGUCUUCUGCUAUGGCAUCACCGGCGCUGGAAAGACUUACACAAUGUACGGCGCUCCAGGAGCAGACGGCCUGACGCAACGAAUGAUCGGUGAGGUCUUCCGGAAGGCAAGACUGGGUGGUGACAAUGUGACCAUCUCGGGAUCCAUGAUGGAGCUCUACAACAACUAUUUGGUUGAUUUGUUGCGUCCCAUCGAUUGGCAGGGUCGUCAGAACCCCACAUUGAGUUUGAGAUUGGACAAGUCCGGCAGUGUUCAGGUGGAAGGCCUGGCAAAAGAGCCCGCCAUGGAUGAGACCGAGCUCCAGGCCAUGUUCCAUAGAGGACUUGAACAGCGUGCUGUCGCAGCACAUGCCAUGAAUGCGGAGAGCUCCAGGAGCCAUGUGCUCUUCACGGUCUAUGUGACACGAGAGGUGGAGGAAGGUGAAGGUCAAGUCGUCAGCAAAUUGCACUUCUGCGAUCUUGGCGGCUGCGAAAGGCUGAAGAAGACAGAGGUUGAGAAGGAAGAUCGGAGACUUGAAGCUAUUGAGAUCAACAAAAGUUUGUCUGCCCUGGGGGAUGUCAUUGAGGCCGUUGCAAAAAAGAAGAAGUACGUCCCGUACAGGAAUCAUAAGCUUACGCAGCUGCUGCAAGAUGCCAUUGGUGGGGGUGCGAAGGCAUUGAUGUACGUGAAUUGCUCUCCAGCUCAUUCGACCAUCCGAGAGACCGCCAAUGCGUUGAAACUGGCAAAUCGUGCCAAGAGCAUCGUGAAUCUUUCAGCAGACGUGAAGUGCCCUCCAUCCUCGCCGUCCUCGCCGGGAGCCGCCGGGACCCGCAGGCCUUGA